AUGGGUGACGCAGGCUUAGUUUCUCAACAUCCCGCUAGCCUUCAACAUGCUCUGGAAGUCGACGAACUCAUACGAGAGAAAGCCUUCAUCGGUGGUCUGUGGGUGUCAGGCAACAAAACCUUCCCAGUGUACGAUCCGACGACCAAUAAGGCGAUUGCUAACGUUGCCGAUAUGGAAGUGGAGGACUUUCAGACUGCAAUCGACAAGGCUGAAAUCGAGUUUAAGAGCUUCUCCAAAACCACAGAAUAUGCUCGAGCGCAACUACUCCGGGACUGGGCAGCGUUGAUCCGUAAGCACUCUAACGAUCUGAGCAAGAUGCUUGCCUUGGAAAACGGGAAGACUUUGCCCGAGGCCAAAGCCGAAGUUGCCUCGAGCGCCGCGAUGGUUUCUUGGUUUGCGGAAGAGGCAAUCCGCUCAUAUGGAGAUGUGAUACCUUCAUCAUUCCCGAACAGCAAUAUUGUUGUCGUAAAGCAGCCCAUUGGGGUUUGUGGAAUUAUCGCACCGUGGAACUUCCCCCUGGCCAUGAUCACGAGAAAAGUCGCACCAGCUAUCGCCGCUGGCUGCACUGUUGUGAUCAAACCACCAAGCGAAACACCUCUGUGCGCCUUGGCUUUGACAUACCUUGGUGUCCAGGCAGGGCUUCCUGCUAAUGUGAUGCAAGUGGUGACUACCAAGAAUAGAAAGGCGGUAGAGGAAAUCUAUACCAACCCAAAGGUCAAAAAAAUCAGUUUCACAGGCUCUACCGGUGUCGGAAAGAUUAUUACCCAAAUUGCGGCCGGCACGAUGAAAAAAAUUUCCAUGGAGCUUGGCGGGAAUAGCCCUUUCAUUAUCUUCGAUGACGCCGAUGUGGAUGCCGCCAUUGAAGAACUGAUGGGAUGCAAGUAUCGGUGCUCAGGACAAACGUGCAUAUGCGCCAAUCGGGUUUUUGUUCAGCGUGGUAUUUCUGAGUAUUUCCUGGAGAGGUUGGUCUCAAAAGUGAGCGGACUAAUAGUAGGUUCUCCAUUCGAUGCGCAAGUCACGAAUGGACCACUUGUGAACAAGGCUGCUGUUCUGAAAGUGAGAUCUCUUAUCGAAGAUGCCUUACACAAAGGUGCUAAGCUUGUGGCGGGUGGUCAAGUCAGAGACGACCUUGGCGGGAAUUUCAUCGAACCUGCAAUCUUGACGAAUAUCACCAGCGAAAUGGCCGUGGCAAGGGAAGAAAUAUUUGGACCUCUGAUGCCGGUGAUCGUGUUUGAGGACGAAGAAGAUAUGGUUCAGAUGGCGAACAACACUGAAUUUGGACUUGCCGGAUACUUUUUUUCUUCAAACUAUCAGCGGGUAUGGCGUACCGCGUUGGCUUUGGAAGUGGGCAUGGUUGGUGUCAACACUGGCAAACUCUCAGAGGCCGGAUCACCUUUUGGCGGUGUCAAAGAAUCAGGGUAUGGCAAGGAAGGCAGUAAGUACGGCCUGUCAGAGUACCAAGUUCUCAAGAGCAUCACAAUGGGUGGUAUAAAGUAG